CUUCUCAAUUCUCUAAAUACCUAUUCGAAAGUGAUCCCCUAUACUACUACGAUGAACUCGACUGUUUCACACCAUUCACCGACCUCUUUCCUCUAGAUCAAUUUGGUGCAGAUAUUCGUUAAGGGUUCCCCGGAACGGCAUACGUCGAUCCUACACUGUCGACCUGAUCCCCUCCUACCUGGUUUCGUACGUACGCCGCGUAAGGCUUUCUUGCGCCAUUCGGUAGAUCGGAUUUGCGUGUGUCAUGGAUGUUGCCUUCGGCGGCAUGGCUGCUACAAUCAUACCACCUCAAUCCUCGGCAUCGAGAAAUUUAUCUACCGGUCUACCUCAGGGAAUGAGACGAAUGCCUCCCGCCUUCGCAAUGCCUCCACCACCGCCCCCAAUACCCGAGCAGUUCAAUACAGCUACCAACGGCAGCGGUAGCUCGGGCUCAAUGUUGUCUGCAUCGGGUCCCCUAUCUACUAAUCAGGUUAUCAAUCUCGCUAGGCAGGCGAUGGGUAGUGCUCUACGAGAGAAUGAGACUCAGGCAGCUGGCGCUAGCGGUGUCAGUACCGAGCUCAAGCCCGGCGUCACUAUCGAUCUUAGUAGGAAGAAUAUACAGGCACUGCCCGACGAGGUGGUGGACAUAAUUAAGAAUGAGUUGGAGCGGUUAGCACUCUCUCACAACAAGUUGUCGUCUUUACCAUCUCGAUUCUCCGAAUGUACUCACUUGCGCUAUCUUAACUUGAGAGCCAACCAAAUUAGGGAGUUUCCCCUAUCGCUCUGCGACAUCAAGUCACUGGAGAUAUUAGAUAUGGGGAGGAAUAAGAUCCGUUUGCUCCCCCCGGACAUCGGGAAAUUAACCUCGCUUAAAGUGCUUGCCUUACAGAAGAAUCGAAUACAGGAGCUUCCGCUUUGUUUAGCUGAUAUGGUCUCGUUGCAAAUGCUGAGAUUAGACGGAAAUGACAUAACCUUUCCUCCUAAAGAGGUACUCCGCGUUCAAGCCAGCAGUCCUCCCAACGAAGGUUUCUUGGAAAAGAGCGAGAUAACGGAGCUCGCCGUUACGGCACACAUCAAGAAAUAUCUAAAGCAGAAGGCCUUGAGCAUGAAUGGGAAAGAGAAAGACGGCGAAAAUGGAGGAGAUGAGCUCAGCGAUGGAACCGAGACACCUCGAAUGCCUAUAAGGAGAGUAGUCAGUGGCCGGUUUCCUAUCCGAGUGAACGGUAGCGAUGUGUCGGAUCUCCGAUCACCGGCCGUGCUACGAGCGCCGCCCAUACCGUCCCGAUCACAUGCUCGGGGUCUCUCCCAGCAAAGCACGGCCGUUCGCAAACCCGGUGUUAUGCCUCUCACCAUAGGCAACCCUAACGAAAGGGUGCGCUCGAACAGCGAAACCUUGUUGCAAGCAUCGGGACAAGGUCGGCCGUCAGAACGACACAGGCGCAUGGGGAUUGUGUCUAGAAAGGCGACCGAGCUCGGGACCUUAGAAGAAGGCCAGGCGAACAACAGAUUCAGUCACUACCGAGGAUUGAGCCACGGCUCGUCCAUGACGGGCAACCUGGAUCCGAAUGCAACCUCUGCCGCCAGCCCGAAUAGCCCGGCCGAGCCUUUACUCAAUCGACCGAAUUAUGUACGGCGCCUUUCUGUUCUACCAGAGCAAAGAAGGGAAUCGAAAGUUUUCGAUCCCAUCAUCGAAUCUGCGAAGGGUAUUCUCUAUGCGAUCUUCCAGGUCCAUCCUAUGAUUCAACUCUUUACGAGGCUGACCAAUGAUGGUACACCAAAGCGAUCAAGCCUUGAGAUUGUCUUCUACAACACUAACUUUCACAUUGAACAACUCGAGCAGGAGCUUCAGAAGCAUGAGUUUGCCGCAGAGAACAGUCCUUACACAGCACGCGAGAACGAGAAUGUUCAACGGGCUGUCUUGACCUUGAUUAAUGCCUACAGCCAUAUAUGCCAACUUCUAAUGAAUAAUAUGGACACCAUUGUGGACAACGCAGACCCGCGUUAUAUUCGCACCAUGAUGAUGCUUUUGUACCACAGCAUCAUGGAGCUCCGCAUUACCUUUAAUGAGAUUUCCGGGGCUUCGUAUGGGCCUGGGUUCAGCCAGGAACACCCCCGGCUAGGAAUCGAGGAUACGAUUCGAGUCCAUUCGCGAGACAGCUCGAUGACACCAACGAUACAACGACCUGGUUUGAACGCCCGACCGCGACCUGGUGCUUUCGUCCACAACCCUAGCAACCUCCGAGUAUCAACAGACGUGUCAGUUCCGUACAUUAACGGUACUGGGCGAAUGGCUCAAGUUACCUCUGCAACACCCCGUUCUGGAGAAUCAUUCGCAUCUUCGAAUGGAGACAUCCGAUUUCCCGUCAAUUUUAGUGCCGACGAGCGUUUAUUCGAGAAAGUAUUCUUGGCGCUACAGAAAUCAUCGGAUCUUGUCAUGCGUAUACUUCCAAAUAUCAAUCAGCAAUUCAUGGCCCUCGGACGCAAUGCCGAAACCCAACGAAUGCCAGAGCACAUGGUACAUUGUUGGAAGGGCUUAGUCGCCAAAUGUUCUAUUGCGAUUGCUGACACGGAGCGCCUUAAGGACCGACUAUCGCUUAUUAAGUUGAAGGAACCCGGUGUGAGAAACGAUCCUCUCUUCUGGAGUCUCUGCAAAAGUUUCAUCGAUUCUUGGGCCGAGUUUGGGGGUAGGCUAAAGUCCUCCAUGAACCAAAUAUCUUUCCCGCAAGAUAUUCGAACUAGAUUACGACCAAUCCAAACCAGCGUAAAGGAGACGAACCAAAUUAUAAUGAGUUCCCCUUGGGGGUAUCUUCUUCGACAUGCUGAUAAUUAUAGCAACACGCCCAAUCAUUAUUCCCCUAGCCAUUACGCGCCUAGUCCCGGAGUUGCCCAGAUACAGCUACCUAUGACUCCUCAGAGCGCCGCUCUCGGACCGGCCGUGCAGGCUACGGUGCCUUCAACGCCGCAAAGUGCGUCUUUUGCUAACGCUUUUAAUGGAAACGUUUUCGAGCGUGCCGAUGCGUUGAUAUCCAUGGGAGGAUUGUCGAUGUCUCGUUCCGGGACUAUGAAUAGUGUCUCUACGUCCUUGAACUCAUCUUUCUCUUCCACCACCUCGUCGCAGGAUGAACGCCAAGGCAUACCGAAUAUAGUAAGUCCUAACGGCAGUACAGGCCUAGCAGCCUCGUACCGACUUAACGGUGGAAAUAAGCCGACGUUCUAGGGAAAGUCGGCCUCAUCCCUCCGCUAACGAAUAUGUCAUGCAUCCCUACGUUAUAUCAGUACAAAGCAAAGGCAUAAGUUCGCGAAUCGACUGUCUAGUACAUAAAUUUCGCAGCGGU